GCAACAUCUUGCAAUCACCACAACGCACACGAGAGAAUACUAUCUCUCACCGGUACUACCGCUAGCUCUAGCCAUGGCUUCCAGCGCGAGCAUGUUGGCCAUGAUCAUGGCGUGCGCGCUCCUCCUUGCCGGCAGCAAGUGCCACGCCGCCCGCAACCUGGCCGACACGACGCCGGCGGCUGCCGCUCCGGCUGCUAGCGCCGUCCCUGGUCUGCCGGCCGUGCCGACCUUGCCUUCCGUGCCCACGGACACGGCCACCCUGAUGCCACCCAUGCCGUCGGUCACCCUGCCCACCGUGCCACAGGUGACGCUGCCGCCCAUGCCCGCCAUCGUCGUGCCCAAGGCGGUCCUGCCGCCCAUGCCCAAGGUCACCCUACCCACCGUGCCGCAGGUGACGAUGGCGCCGAUGCCCGCCAUUGUCGUGCCCAAGGUGACGCUGCCGCCGCUGCCUUUCGUCCCGAAUGUGAACGUACCUAUGCCGUUCGCGGCACCGCCCCCGUCAGCGUAGGCACGUCGACGCAGCGGUGCUCUCGCCCUGUCCACGUCUACGAUAGGGCGCCGUUCGUGUGAGAGUGGCGCCAGGUCACUCCGUGGACACGAUGUACAUUUUUCUUACAUGCAAGCUUGGUGUUUUAUAUGCGAUGUAUCACAGUAUCAGUAAUUGUUGCCUUUUUUCUACGUCUCAGUAUUAUAUGUAUUGGUAGUGUUUGAAUGUUGAGGGUUUUGUGCCACUGUAUGUAUUUCUUGAUCUUCUUAAAUACUAGUACAGAUUACUAUUUACGGUAUGCAUC